CACAUAUUCUGCGUAGAUAUAUAUAUAUGUGCAAUCCGUCACAAAAGUUAAUGAAAAGUAGCUAAUAUACAUAUUUAAUCAUAUACUUUUUUGUUAUAGGAAACUGGAAAAUGGCGACGUAUGCAAUAGCUUUACUAUUCGCAAACAUAUAUUUUGCCACACUUGCAGCCUCGCAACCUCUGGAGCUAGAUCUUGUGCAAAUUAUCAAACAUUUGCAGGACGAAGGUAUGGAGUUUAAACGAAGACUGGGCAUUCUGGAAGAUACAAUACACUUACAAGAAGACACUAUACACUUACAACAGGAGCAUAUCAAAAAACAAGACAAACGUAUACAAGUUCUUGAAAACAUUAUCAAAUCACGAACAGAUGAAAUAUCUUUACAAGAUCCCAUUAGAAACAUUAAUUCAGAUUCUGAAAUUAACAAUGAUCUACAAGAACACUGGACUGAAGAACUUGAGAAAGUUAAUGGGCAAGAGCGUUCGAUUAUAGAAAAUGCAGAAUCCAAAACCUGGGGAAAUACAGUAUCAGAAGAUAUGAUGGGAAAUAAAACAAGAAAUAAAACGAAGGAGCCAUAUAUGGGAACAACACACCGUGUCCUUAGAUCCAUGACGGGCACUCCUUCGCCAGUUGCAUUUCAUGCAUCCCUUUCGGGUGACCUUCACCAUAUUGCAAAACAUCAAACAAUUUCAUUUGGCAACAUUGUAAUCAAUAUCGGGGGAGGGUACCAUACUCACCAUGGACUGUUCACCGCCCCUAAGCCUGGAAUUUACAUAUUUUCUCUCUCAGUCCUGGUACAACCACAUUAUCACAUAGAAGCACAGAUCAUGAAAAAUGGGCAAGGCAUCCAAGGGGUGUUUGGAAAUGCUUUCGACAAUACUGGCUUUAAUCAGGCUUCUGGGUCUGCUGUUCUACAACUUAGCAUUGGAGAUGAAGUCUGGGUCGAAACUACAGAAUGGUCGCCCAAUACAGAACUGAGGGGCGGUGACUACACAAGUUUUAUGGGCUGUCUUAUUAUGGAGCUUUAACUUUAAUAAAAUGCUUUAACACACUAUACACACA